CAGCAGGGUGGUGUCACUGCUGUCCAGUUGCAGACUGAGGCCCAGGUGGCAUCCGCCUCAGGCCAGCAAGUCCAGACCCUCCAGGUAGUCCAAGGGCAGCCAUUAAUGGUACAAGUCAGUGGAGGACAAUUAAUCACAUCAACUGGUCAGCCCAUUAUGGUUCAGGCUGUUCCUGGUGGACAGGGUCAAACCAUCAUGCAAGUCCCUGUGUCUGGGACACAGGGUUUGCAGCAGAUACAGUUGGUGCCGCCAGGACAGAUCCAGAUCCAAGGUGGGCAGGCAGUGCAGGUUCAGGGCCAGCAAGGCCAGACCCAGCAGAUCAUCAUCCAACAGCCUCAGACCGCUGUCACUGCUGGCCAGACUCAGACACAGCAGCACAUUGCUGUCCAAGGCCAGCAAGUGGCACAGACUGCUGAAGGGCAAACCAUUGUCUAUCAGCCAGUAAAUGCAGAUGGCACCAUUCUCCAGCAAGUUACAGUCCCUGUUUCAGGCAUGAUCACCAUCCCAGCAGCCAGCUUGGCAGGAGCCCAGAUAGUUCAGACAGGAGCCAGUACCACCACAACCAGCAGUGGACAAGGAACUGUUACUGUGACACUGCCGGUGGCAGGCAAUGUGGUCAAUUCAGGAGGAAUG